AUGAGAGCGCCAGGAGCUGGAGAUCCGGGGAAACAGAACGAAAAAGAAAAGGACUCACUUCAGAAUCAGGUAUUAUUUGUCACGAGCUCGGUAAAUCUCUGUAACCUUUGCGAAAACUUUAACAAACUUUUGUGCAGACUUAUGGCUACAUGCGCAAGUUGUACGUGCCAUCUGAAGCUUCGUAACCUUUGCGAAAAACUUACAGAGGUUUGUCGAGAUAAGCUUUGAAAUUACUGGAAUCAUUCUUCUUAUUAGUAAAAAAUCUUCACGGGUUUGUCUGUUUGUUUUUCAUUUCUCCGAAGGACCAUCACCACUUUUUCAUUUUUAACAAAAGUAUUGCGACUGAUAGGGUUGCAGAACAGGCGCCUGUUUUCGCCUGUUUUGCAAAAUUACCACGUUAAAAUUGCAAAACAGGCGAAAACUCUGACGAAGAAAUUAAAAAAUGAACACUUGAACUAUCGAACAAGCGGCCUAGCAGCUUCCGAGCGCCAGCUCGCCCACCUAGUACCGUUUAUUCAAGACGAUAUAUCUCAGCUGCUGAUGGGCAUACCAAAAAGUUGUCAACUAAUAAAUUUCUUAUUCAAACAUUUUGAAAAUUUUAUAAGUUUGCAAUUUUUCGAUAUUUUCACAAGCAGCUAAGAUACAUCGUCUUUAAUGGAAGGUUUCCAAACCCAACUUUUCAGAAGUGCAAAAUUCCGAAACUCGACAUCAACGGCACCGAAGUCAUUAAUUUCUUCGAGAAACACGAACCACUGGAAUGCCAAUUAAAGGGACAAAUCGAACCGAAUUGGGUAUUUGUGGACGAGCACAGCGUCAUUCGAUUCACGCAGAAACGGAAGAGCGCAAAAUGCCAGAUUCAGUACUUUCGGAGAGUGACCGACCAUGAAAAUGAAUACGGAGAGAAGUUGGAUGUGAAAGGUACGGGAGCUAAAUUGAAGUAUUCAAUUUUUGUUAUUGUUGUUACAGAUGGCGAUAAAUUCAACGGAGGGGACUUUGCGAUUGUCACUUGCUGGCACGGAUUCUCCAAAUGGGAUCAUCUUCUCUGGCACGUGAAUCGCAAUGAAAAAGCGUAUGCAAGAGCAAAAACCAAAAGACAUGAGAAUGCACAGAACCCGAAGAGGAAAUCGUAUAAUAUCUACUUUUUGGGGUAACGUUUCCAAUCAUUACAAAGUUUACAAGAUUCUGUUCAGAUUUGACUCGCUCUCGCAGAUGUCAUUCCGUCGAAAACUGCCAAAAACUGUGAAAUUCCUCGAGGAGACCCUUGGAAGUACGGUUCUGAACGGCUACAACAUUGUCGGCGACGGCACUCCGCAAGCUUUCAUUCCCAUUCUGACGGGCAAAACCGAAGAGGAGCUUCCGUUGACUCGGAAACGAUUCUCGGAAGCCAGCUACUUGGACGAGGUGUAUCCGCUGAUCUGGCAAAACUUUUCGGACUUCGGAUAUGUGACCAUGUUUGGAGAAGAUAUGUAUAUGUACUGUAGGUUUCACAUAGUCAGCAGGCAACUAUCAUAAUUGAAGUUGUAGCGACGUUUUGCUAUCGGCUCACAGGAUUCCGGUAUCAACCGACAGACCAUUAUCCGAGGACGUUCUUCUAUGAUGUGGAACAAACUUUCGGCUAUCCUGCCAGGUGUCUCAAUGCUGAGCCUCUUCAUAAUGUAAUUCCGAUUUUCCCAACUUCUUGAACUAUACAGCCUUUAGGUUUGGCUUCGAAACUGUAAACAGUUCAUGAAGACUUAUGAAGAUGUUCCUCGCUUUCUUCUGAUGCACCAAGGCCUUCUCUCCCACGACGACAUUAAUCUGGUAGACGUGGAGGACGAGGAUCUGUCGGCCCAUCUGAAGCACAUGAACGACGAGGGGAUGUUCGACGACUCGCUGGUGAUUGUGAUGGCGGAUCACGGACACCGAUUCGCGAAGCUUCGGGAGACGCACCAGGGCCAACUCGAGGAAAGAAUGCCGUUCUUUUCGAUCGCACUUCCGAAACAGUUGAGAGAAACGGCGAAGGGUGCCGAGAUGGAGAGGAAUCUGAGGGAGAACAAGGAGAAACUGACGAGUCCGUUCGACAUUCACGCCUCCCUUCUCGACAUUCUCCAGCUGUCCGAGUUGAAGAAGGAGCAAGUGGGUCAGAUGCAGGACGCGAAGACGACACGAUCAUUGUCAGUGUUCCGACCGAUUCCGGCCGACAGAACGUGCGCGCAGGCGGGCAUCGAAGCCCAUUGGUGCACGUGUCUUUCGUGGCAGGAUGCCAUGCAGACUCAGGAGGAUCGCAAGUUGACCAGGAGGUAAUGAUGGAAAAUGGGACGAGUUCUGAUUUCUAUAUUCAGAAUCGCCAACGCCGUCGUCCGUGAGAUCAACAAGGAGCUGGAAGUGGAGAAAGAGUUGUGUGCCAGACUUUCCCUCGCUAACGUCAUCAAUGCCAAAAUGUGAGUGGUGCAUCUGGACAUGGAAUUCCCCAAGAACACAACGUCAGGUUACUUCCCGACAAGACCGUCCUGGCCUACAAAAACGUGAUGGACACUGACGGUUUCGUUCCUGAUCUCUCCGGCUCAACCGAGUCCGCGUUCGCUCACUACCAGCUCAAGUUCUCCACCUCCCCGGGAAAUGCGAUCUACGAAGUAACGCUGUUCUACGACGCGGUUCGGAACGAAAUCAAACUGGACUUUGGCGCCAUCAGCCACGUCAACCGAUACGGAGACCUGCCGCAUUGCGUCAUGGAUAAUAACUUUUAUAUUGCCACGUUUUGUGUGUGCUAUGAUAAGAUUGAGGUCAAGGACGGAGCGGAAUGGAAAUGA